CUGUGGAAAUGAAGACAGACUAUUGCAGAGAAACCAUUCAUUAUGGUGCCCACGAAAGACAGGUAGUAUGUCAUUAUGUUCGUGGUAGUAGCACUUCAACUCAAGCUGAGUCUCAAAGCCUGGACCAUGUAGUGAGUAUUUUUAUUCAUGGUGGGGCCUGGAGAGACCCAUUAAACACCUGUUUUGAUUCUGAUAAGCUAUUUGAACAGUUCGUUGCUGUUGAGAACAAUAAAACCCAGACUGCUAUCACAAUUACAGACAACUUCUAUUCAAUUGACUACAGAUUGGCUCCCAUCCACAAGUUUCCCUCAUAUUUGUUAGAUGUCCUCUCUGCUCUUACAUCGAUCCUAGGGCAUUUAAAACAGAAAGGAAUUGGUUUGAACAACGACAAAAUUAAAAUCAAUUUAAUCGGCCAUUCUGUGGGUGCGACAUUGAUAUUGCAAGUGUUGAAUUACAACUCCAUUCUAUCCCAAUGGUUUAAACUGAACCCAGAUCAAGAUAAAAGUGGCAAUCAGAAAGAAAAACAGAUCUUGCAAUCGUUUAGUAAAUCCUUUCCGGAGAAAAGCUUGAACAAUAUCUACCUAUUGGAUGGAAUUUACAACAUUGAAUCGCUAAUAAAAGAAUAUCCUUCAUACAGCUCUUUUGUUAAUGAGGCGCACCACAAUGAAUUCGAUUACACCUCAUCAUCAAACUUCAGCAGCUUGUUUACUGAUAUUCUGAAAACUCUCAAAUACAACCAAUUCGUUAUUGUCCACUCCUACCAAGAUCAACUACUAUCGUUGAACCAAACUAAACAGUUUGUUGCGGAUGUUCUAGAAAAAUACCAGCUCAGAUACACACUCUCUGUUGGUAACUUUGGCACACACAACGACGUGUACGAGGCUGCUUCCACUGCCAACCUCAUCCUCCAAACCACCUAAACAACAACCACUUGAUCAUCAUAACGCCCAUUAAAUAGCAUCUAAUAAACAAAUAAAAAUACUAAAACUCAGUUGAUAAAAUAUAAAAUAUAAAAUAUGAAAUAUAAAGUUUACUCUUGCACGUGAUGAUUAUAUCUCAUUUUAUUCCCAAAUCGAUCUUUUCACUCUUUUUGAAUAUCGAAUAACGAUUC